UUAACAUUGUGAAAGAGCCAAUAUGAGAUGUGUGAAGAGAUAAAAUAUGUUUCGGUCUCAGCUGAUAAUUUAAGACGCUGGUUGUGUUCAAGACAAUUUCCCCUCAGUUAGCUAAAUUUGAGGAAAUGGCCAAAGGAAAAGCAAAGAUUGACAGCAACGAGGACUUGGCUCUGCCCCAGACUCGUUCCCUUAGGUUAAAGAAGAGAGCAACUUCCACUGAUGAAGCCUCCGAGACACAUCAAGUCCAAGCUGCUCUUCUUCAAAAGAAUACAGAUGGAGAUAUUAAAGAAGUUGAUAACAUGCUGCUGCAGUCCAAUCUCCAAGACAGUGCAACAGUCACAAACGAGGAAGAGGAGCAGUCCUGUCUCUCAAAACCAGAUGAGUCCAACAUAGAAAACAAUUCAGAAGGGACAAAUGCGUCAGACAUGGCAAAUAAGGAGAGAGAAGAGACUAUGGUCGAUGAUCCCAACCGUCGUUUUGAGAUAAAGACCUGUGGAGUACAAGCUAAUGAUUGUACUGAUGAAACAGCUUCAGAACAAUGCAGCAGGUUACCAAGUCAACCCCAGACGUUUGUGUCCAACUCUGAAGAUGACAGUGAAUCCAGUUGUGCUGCUUUAGAGAAGCAAGCGGUUGAAAAGGAACACUCAAAUUUGAAGAGAAAUCAAGACACUAACGAAGAAGUGCCCAGCUUUCACAUGAGGGACGUCAAGGAGUGGGCGGUGGGUUUACCGGCCAAGAAGAAGCGAAGGAUGGGCAUGUGCGGUCUGACGGAGAAGGAACGGAGUCACUUUCUACAGGCACAACAGGGCGAAAACGCACAGAUCAGAGCAGGGAGUCCAGGGACACAAACAUGUGGUAAAACCUCUGAGCGUGUAGCUUCAGCGGACGAUGUGUCCUCAGCCCAUUUACAGUCUACACCUCCUCCCAUCUCAGCAGAGGUCGAAGAGCAGAGUAAGGAAGAGCCCUCUCACAGUGGAGAUGAAUACCGAGCUGAAACCGAAGUCCACAGUGUUGUGACAAGCUCAGAUGGAGCCGGUACCACAAGUAAUCCAGGCUGCUCAGAAACAAGAAGUUCUGAGGCUAAGGAGGGCUAUUCAGCUGAUCCAGAGCUAAAAGGCAACACUGAACCAAACCAACCUGCAGAGGAAGAAAAAGAGGAACAUCUGGAGAACCUGCAGCCACCAGAAGUCAAGGAAUCCACCACUAGCAAGAUUUAUCUAAUGCCUAAAAUACAGACCGGAGAAGAUUUGCUAUCAAAAGUACCAACAGAUUCUUUCAAGACUUUUUUUGCAAAGCAACAAGAAGAAGGUGAUGCCGAGGGUGCAGAUCCACAGAUGUGCCGUGUGAAAAGGACCACAGAUGAGGGUAACUUAGAGAUGAAUGAUGCAAUGGGAGAUGAUGGAGCUGAAGAAGGCGCUUCCCCUGAAUUAAACUGUAGUUCUGAGAAACUCCACGAGGCUUCGCUGACACCUGCUAUCCAAGAGAUGAAUUACAGCUAUGAUCCCAGUGAUGAUCCCACUGCUGGGCCCUCUGUGGUCCACACUGAACACACUCGAACCAGGGACCCGGAGGACUCGUCUGGGCCUGGAUGCAUAGAUUAUGUGUCAGACUCGCAGCUGAACACCAUUGUUAUCAUCGAGGAAAGAGAGGCUCAACCUGAUUCCCAGGGCCGUCUUGAAGAUGCCACAGAGCUGGUCUGCGGACUGAUCAGAGAACUCUCCUCUCUGAAUCGAAUAGUGAUGGUCGCUCAUCGAGAACUGGAGAACCUGCGACGCAAACCUUCAAGAAGCUCCGUACGUUGAGGACUGUUUUCACUAAAUGUUCUCAUGUAAUUGUUGUCCUAAGAGUUCAUUGGUAAGAAAGUACAAAAUCUUAAAUAUUUUACCAGUUUUGGUUUCCAGAAUGUUUGCUUUGGCUGUUGAUGAUCUAGUUCUUCUUAAAUAAAGUGAUUCGUGUACCUAGAA